CGAUCUGAAAGACUAUGAAACUAGGAUUCAGUAUCUUCCAGAAAUGGCGAGGCUUGGUUUAUGUCGGCGAUUUCAUCAAGGACAGUAUUCUAGUGUCGCCGCCAGCUGGAAUUCGCGGAUUGAACGGUACCUGUUGGACUUGGAGCAACAAGCCAGUCAAACAUCCGUGUCUAUAUCUACGCAUGCUUCAAGAAGAUCAAGGGACUCACUUUAUAAUUCGGAGGUGACGACGACGACGAUGGCUACAACAAAUCCAACUGGCUUGGUUAUACGGCGCUCCCCGGUUUCCUUGUCUUCUAUUCUAGGAGAAACCUCAGCGCCAGCUCCAACUCUAAUAUCCACUGAAGUUCCUGCGCAAAUAUUGCCUCCGAGCCCUAGCCAACCAAACCUCGGAAGACCGUUUAUCUCUCCCGUGUUACCCACUAGGUCGAAUACUCCUCCACCAAAUCCAUUGGCUCAUGGCUGCACUGCCCGUCAUGUCCAACGAAAAAGUACCUCCGACGACUGUCCUGUCUGUCAACAGUCGCUCUCAUCAACUACUUUGGCGGACUUGGUGUGGUGUAAGGCACAGUGUGGAACGAACAUUCAUCGCGAGUGCUGGGAGAUGUGGAGGAGGACUUCUCCAAGGAACACACGGUGCAUAUAUUGUCGUACAACUUGGUCUGCUGCUUGCAUACACGAUACCACCGUCACCCCGUACCAUGAUUUUCUACCUCAAUUCUCAGGUGACGGUUCCAUGUUCCGUACACUAUUCAACCCCCUUCGACAUGCCUGGUCUCUCUUCGACGUUACUGACACUGAGGCAACUGGACUCAGAGAGUUAUUCAAUCCAAGGCGACACAUUCGUCCGAUUCGGUACGAGAGACAAAAGGACAUCUGGGCAUCUUUGACCUUAGACACCUCACUGGACUUGCAAAACUUCUUUAACCCCCGACGCCAUCGCGUUAUUUUCUGUAUCUGGGAAAUUGAAGAGGGCGGUGAUGUAGGCCUCUAUACUUUGUUCAACCAUCGUCGGCAUCGUACCCAAUUCUGUCUUUGGGAUAGCACGGAGCAAGACGAUGGAUUUACCAUCUUAUUCGACGAGCGACGGCACAAACGAGCACCCCGUAUUGAUAAGAGCAAACUCACGGCAAUGGAACAGGAAGGGGAUGACUUUAUGCUCCGGUGGUUGUUCGAGGUGCCAGUAGCCUCGUGUCCAUCCGUAAAGAUGACCUCUGAGACAUGGUCCGAACAAAUGAACAACGUGUUGAGUCGUUGGGAACGUAUACCAAACAAUUUCACGCCGGGCAACACAGCUGAUAAGGAGGACUGCGAGACAGAAAAAAAUAACUGUCUCGCGUCCCUACGUCUAGUAGGCUCGUUGCGGCAAAUUUGGAGAUCUGUAGUCAUGGAUUGGUAGUGACGAUGAUGGUCAAUUGAGCAAUUGGCAGUUGGCUAGUAGGCCUGACGGCGCGGUAAUUAGGACUGAUAUUUUAUCUGUUUCCA